AUGGUCAGAGGAGUCAAUCAUUACCGCUCCUUUCGCGAAAGCCGCAUAUGCUACGCGGAUCUGGGAGCAUCUGGCCAGCCUGCAAAUCGACUUGAGCAACUUUUGCCCCCUCUUCAAUUCAACCAAAACGGCGAAGUGAUCCUCAUACCUGGAGAGAUCUUCUGUCGAUACCGGGAUGACAACAACCGCCUUUGUCAGUUUAGGUUGCAACAACACAAAAUGGCGGGCGGCAUAAGAAAGCAUUAUAUAAUUUAUCAUCUCCUACCAGUCGAGAGAAGAUCAAAAAGCCAUGAGCGCAAGCACUUCACAGAGCAGGCCAGGCGAUGGUAUGACGAAGUGGUCAGAGGCAAUUUCCCCCUCUGGGUCCCUCGCGAUGCAGACGACACACCCAUUAAGAACAUCUCUUUGCCCUUGUCUCUGAAUGACGAAGCCAAUGAGGAGCAAUAA